AUGUGCCCCCAACCUACACAUCUCAAUUUAGGGGGCACGCAUCCUCCUCAACUCAACAUACCUACCAACAACAAACACCCAACAAUCCAUUCCCUCAACAAAACUAUAACUACCACUACAACCAACAAUAUCAGCCCCAACCCUACCUCUGACCAUCCAGGCAGUUCACCCCAGUCCCACCCACCCCCCAACUUUGACCUGACCAGCCCACGUUUCCAAUAUCAAACCUUCAACACUACCUUCUCUCAACCCACCUCGACCUUCACGCCUGAUGACGUCUACUACCCAACCCUUCAACAAACCCAACCCGAAACCUACCCGCAACCACCGCCACCACCACACUCAUUCCAAAAAGUUUUGCUUACUGACGAGCAACUGAUGCACAUGCCAGAUUUUAACAUUGAUGAUCUUCUUGAUGAGCAACCAGGACCCUUUUCACGACAGGCAAACCCCCCUACAGCACAUCACAACGAAGACAUGUCUUCCGACUCAUCUCAAUCACCUAGAAAUGAGCGUUUGGGCAGGGGAUAUAGAGAGCGAAGGAGCACUAGGUGUGGAACUGGGGGUCAUCUCCGAUAA